AUGGAUCCAUUCGAAAAGUUACACCAAGAUCUUCGCUUCAUGCUCCUCGUCUCGCUGGACAGCCUUGCAGAAGUUGUGAUAGCUGCCCAGGCAUCCCCAGCUCUUCUCCAGCAACUUCAGGUGUCCAGGGGGGAAAUUGUACGCCAUUACGUGCUCAGAGAUGGCGAUCUCAUUGGAGACGUCUUGCAAGACGCCUUGGCCAUUCUAAAAUUCCCAAGGCCAGAUGCUACAGCGGCUAAUGUCGAUGCACAACAAAGACUAGCUGCCAUUCAUGGCCACCUUCGCAAAUGGGGCGAUAAAGAAUUUUCGGAUCCUUUUGAUCCCAGCACACGCGAUAUUCCUACAAUGCUCGACUUGCACGCUUUGUGUCGUCAGAUGUGGCUCUACAUUGGAGAUUAUCUCUCCAAAGCGACCAGUCAUUAUCUUCCACGAGCCUACCGUCGACUCCCAUCAUGGUCUCACGCUCACUUCUCUUGCCAUCCAGCUCAAAUAUGGCUGCAACAAUAUGUUAACCAAUUUGACACGACUUCUCUUGGACGUGUUGAUCGCCGGAAAAUACUUCAGGCGUUCCUCAGAUACGAACUUCUAUGCAAGACUUAUGGUCCGGUCGCUGGCAAGACGGACACCCAAGGGGAGAGUCAUCGGACUGGGAGAGAUCCGUUUGACGGGUUUCUACUUGAUCAGAGUGACCCCUUUCUCUACUGGAACUGGUACAUCCUAUACAUGUACGAGAGAAGACUGCCGGGAGAAAUCGAGCUCCAAUUGCUCCCAUGUGUUCGCGAAUACGUCCUCGCCAUGUAUGGCGCUCUCAUUGCGCAUCAGGUAGGGGCUCCCAUUCCUGUCCCUGGAGAGCAUCCAGAUUACGAGAAUGCGCCCCUGAAGGGGGGAGUAGGAAAUUUCCCCGACCGCAGUCCCAGCAACGAACCUGAGGGCCUCCACUAUCUUGGUGGUCCUAGCUGGAGCGAUGUUCCAGUGUCUCUGAUGGCGACAGUCGGCUUUGAUCUUCUCACCACGACUCUUACAUCCAGUAGCCACGAGUUUUUCAGGUUUACUUUCAAGUUCAGUAUGGAUAUACGUCAGAGACCCCCUCUCGUCGACAAGACCAACGUCAACCUUCCCAUCACCACCCGCGACCGCAGGGCACUUACCUCAUGGUACUGCAACGACUACCUUCGUCUUAACCGUCAGCGUGCAUGGCCUCUUUUUUGUAACGCGCACCAGUAUCCUCAGAUUCCUUCACUUGACGAGUACGAAAGGGUUUACGGCCCUGGGCAGGGCCCUGGGCCUAUGGAGGGUUUGAUCGGUUGGGAAUUGGGAGUGGACCGCUCCAGGACUGAAUUGAUAGCCCACGGCCAAGGUAGAAUGGCAUAUUCUUCGCUUAUACCCAAGCUGAAGCCGUUUUGGGAGUAA